AUGGAUCUGGUAUCCACGAAAGUCCUUGUGGCUAUAAUCUUCGGAAUCUUUCGAUUCUUCUUCGGCAUGCUGCCUGUCAAACUUGACACCUGUCUAAGACGAUGGGAGGAAGGCAGUACCGACAAGAAGACAUUCAUCAAUGCCAAAAGACACCAACAAGUGACCUGUGCUGUGGCAAUGACGCAAUCGUUUGGUGGAGGAGUGAUGUUUGCAACUUGCUUUUUGCACAUGAUGAGAACACUAUUUGUUUCGGUGGAAGAACUGAAGAAAAUUAAGGGAAUUACGAACGAGUAUCCGAUAUCACAGCUGAUGAUCUCUUUGGGCUUCUUCUCUAUAUAUUUUUUGGAGGAGUUUAGCCACUGGAUGAUCAACUCGAAUAAAUCUUGCACGAAAAGUGCUCUGGAUAAGUCGUUAAUGUUCGGUUAUAUACGCGCUAUGAGAAAUUUUCUCCACAGGCCCUGUGGCGCAACGGAUAACGCGUCUGACUACGGAUCAGAAGAUUCCAGUUUUAGUUCAUACAAUCAAACGCAUCACUACCAGCAAAUCCAUCUUGGACCUAUCAAAGAUCACACAGUGCUGACUUUGGAUAUCCAGACCGGUAAAGUUUUGGGAAAAUGGGGUGCUGACUUGUUCUACAUGCCUCACGGAUUGACAAUUGACAGGCAUGACAACCUGUGGAUCACGGAUGUGGCCUUACAUCAAGCUUAUAAGUUUAAACCUGGUGAGCUGGAACCGACUCUGACCUUCGGCGAGAGAUUUACACCAGGAUCCGACUCUAAACAUUUGUGCAAACCUACAUCAAUCGCGGUAGCAACUACAGGGGAAAUAUUCAUUGCUGACGGGUACUGCAACAGCAGGAUACUGAAAUACAAUGCUGCAGGAGGGUUACUGAGGGUUAUACCAAACCCACCAGAGUUUCUUUCAUUGCAAAUACCUCAUUCUCUGGCACUGAUCGAGUCCAUAGAUAGGUUAUGUAUAGCUGAUAGGGAGAAUAUGAGGGUUGUAUGCCCCAGGGCAGGACUCUACAGCGCACAGGGCAAGAAGGAGCCUGCCCUGACCAUUCAACAGCCCGAUAUGGGAAGGGUGUUUGCUGUUGCUGCAAAAGGAAAACUGAUUUAUGCAGUAAAUGGUCCCACUAACCGGAUGUUACCUAUCCAGGGGUUAACUAUAGACCCCGAAACAGAGUCUGUGAUAGAUCAUUGGCAACCUGAAGAGGGUUUCACCAAUCCUCAUGACAUCGCCGUGUGUGCAAAUGGUUCUGCACUGUACGUAGCAGAAAUAGGACCCAACAAAAUUUGGAAAUUUGAGUUGGUACCUCCAAAGAAAUAAAUUAAAAAACCUUUUAAAAAUAAUUUAUUUUAAUUUAAAUUUUAUUUUUUUUUUCAUUCAAAAAAAUUGCGUUAAAAAUUUUUAUUUUAUAUUUAUUUCGUAAAAAUUUAGACAAAGAUUUAGACAUAUAAAUAUAUCAACUAGUGCAUAAUAUACAAAAUAAAUUCUUGUUUAAAAAAAUGGCAUAGUUAAGGUAAAAUAUUAUUUUUUUUUAUUUUUGGAAUUUUAUAAACAGAAAAAAAAGCCUUCUUGGUAAAAUAUCAUUAUAAGCUAUAAAAAACAUGUGUAUGUUGUAGUACGUGCUAGUACUUAUACUUAAAACAGUAUUGUCAUUUUUGUAUAUUUUUUCAAAGUACCUAUAUGUAUGUAGAAAAAUAAUAAAGACAAAUUAGGAUUAUUACUAUUAUCACCGUAGUAAAUAAAUAAAGUUUAUCCAUAUAUUGUACAUUAGAAAAAAUAGAUAAUAAAAAAUAUGAUUUUUUGUUAUACUAGGAAUAUUGUGUUAUAUUUGAAUUUAUAUUUGACAUUGACAAGGUUUAAAAAAAAACGAAUAGACAAUAAAAUUGAA